UCGAAAUUCAAAUUGGACGACCCCCCAAAAACCUCCCAGCCAUCAUCUCCUUCUUCUCCAUUUUCAUUCUUCCUUAAUCCUUAUGUAUAUGCAAAAGAGAAACUCUGUUCUACUUUAAAUACUUUAUAGGCCAACAGUUCUGUUUGAGUAAAGUUCUCCAAGUGAAAAUUCAAAUAUGACCGAUAAUCAGGAAUCCCAUAAGCGGACCCAGCCCCCUCUCAGCCUUAAUCAGCGCCACAAUCGGAUUCUCAGUGACCUGUCGGCGUCCCAUUCGAAACCCAUUUCCCAAAUCCCGGGGGAAGAAAUUUGUGAAAACCAGUCGAAUGUAAAGGUGAAGAAGAAGUUGCAAGGCAGACGCCGUCUCUGUAAAGCGUAUUCAGCAUCUGAUGCUGCUGAAAACGAAGACGUUUUUGGCUUCUCUGGAAUCGCCGACUUCGAUUCUCCUUCUCCUCCCCGUCCUUUUGCCGUAGAGCAAUUACAACAACAAAAUCAAUCAAAGUUUACUGCUGAAGCAGAUGAUUUUCCAAGCUUCUCUGGGAUUGCGGAUUUUGAUUCCCCGUCUCCACUUUCUGAUAAAGUAAGACCAUCAAAUGUUGUUCUGGACAGUCGUGAGGUUUGUAACAAGGAUGGCAACGCUGAUGAAACAAGAUCUAGUUCUUCAUAUGGUGAUUCUGAUCUUGUUCCUCAUCCACCAGGAGAAGAGGGGAAACUGGUGAAAGUGAGGAUUGAGGGUAGCCGGAGCCCUUGUAGAGCAUCAAGAAAUGAUGGUUAUCGUAGCAAGAUGGAUAUUGAGAUUACCAAAACAGAAGAGUCCAAAGGUUUGGGGAUUUCGGAUUGCGAUUCUUCACCUUGGGUAAAAACUGCUCUUGAGAAUAGCUAUGGAGGUGGCAUGAAUGAAAUAAGGGAUAUUCUUAAUGAUUUAAGCUCAAGGCUUGAGAUUUUAUCCAUUGAGAAGAAAAGGGAGCCUAGGAGGAUUGACUUGAAAGAUGAUUCUAAGCAUUUAUCUAAGAGUGAAGUGAACCAUGCAAAAAACAAUGAAGAAAUUCCUGACUAUGAAAGUGCUGCUUCUUCAUUUUCAACCUCGUCUGGUUCAUCAGUAGCUUCUGCUAAGGAAUCUGACAUUGGAUAUUCUCAUAUUGAUGAUUUUAAAAAGAAUAAUGAUUUUGAUGUUGCAUCUCAGAUUCGUAAUUCUUAUGAGAAGUUAGAAAGUGGCAUGAAGAUUUGUCAGCCACCUAAAAAUGACAUUAAGAAAGUUAUAGUCAACUCUGAUUCAGCUAGACGAUCAUUUGAGUCCACUUUAAGAGAAGAAGGGGAAAACGAGGAUAAUGAUUGUUUUAUUGUGAGUGGGAAGGAUUUUAAUAAGAAAGGAGUGAAGUGGCGUAAGUCCAAUCAUCUUUAUGAAGAUUCUGAUAAUUUUGAUGCAUUGGAAGAUCCUGCUGUUGUUUUUGUUUCAGAGGAGGAGCACGUAAUUACUUUGACUGGUCCAAAGUUUACCUUUAGAUUACCUGGAAAAAUUGGCAAAAUGUUGUAUCCUCAUCAACGUGAUGGAUUGAAGUGGCUUUGGUCUCUCCACUCUAUGGGUGUUGGAGGUGUAUUGGGUGAUGAUAUGGGUUUAGGCAAGACAAUGCAGAUUUGUGGUUUCCUAGCUGGACUCUUCCACUCAAAUUUGAUUAAGAGGGCCCUGGUUGUUGCUCCUAAAACACUGUUGCCCCAUUGGGUCAAAGAACUUUCAACUGUGGGCCUUGCUGGAAAGACAAGAGAAUAUUUCGGAACUUCAGUGACUACAAGGCAAUAUGAGCUUCAAUAUGUACUACAGGAUAAAGGUAUUCUUUUGACAACUUACGACAUCGUGCGGAAUAAUGUAAAGUCAUUAAGUGGAGAUUACUAUUAUAAUGAUGAAGGAAGUGAGGAUGAAAUGACGUGGGACUAUAUAAUUCUUGACGAGGGUCAUCUGAUAAAAAAUCCCAGUACACAGAGGGCAAAAAGUCUGCUUCAGAUUCCUGCAGCACAUCGUAUUAUUAUUAGUGGCACACCCCUUCAAAACAAUCUCAAGGAGUUGUGGGCCUUAUUCAACUUUUGCUGUCCUGAGAUUCUAGGUGACUAUAAAUGGUUUAGAGAAAAGUAUGAGAAAUUAAUUAACCGUGGAAAUGAGAAAAAUGCGUCUGAUAGGGAAAAGCGCAUUGGUUCAACUGUUGCAAAGGAAUUAAGAGAAAAAAUUCAACCUUACUUUCUUCGCCGUUUGAAAAGUGAGGUAUUCAGUGAAGAUGAUUCCAGCAAUAGCUGCAAACUCUCUAAGAAGAAUGAGAUCAUUGUGUGGUUAAAAUUGACUAGGUGCCAGCGACAAAUCUAUGAAGCUUUCUUGAAAAGUGAGAUAGUCCUUUCAGCUUUUGAUGGUUCUCCUUUGGCUGCACUCACGAUCUUGAAAAAAAUAUGUGACCAUCCACGUCUCUUGACAAAAAGAGCUGCUGAGGAUGUGUUGGAAGGCAUGGAUUCAAUGCUAGACCAGCAAGAUCAUGAUGUGGCUGAGAAACUGGCAAUGCAUAUAGCAGAUGUUGAUAAAAUGUUUGACUUUGAGGAGAAGCAUGAUAUUUCCUGCAAGACAUCAUUUAUAUUGUCUUUGCUGGUUAGGAUACCAUGUCAUAAUCAAUUAAGA